AUGUGGACGAAAGACUUUAUGCGCGUGCUGCUGGGUGCCAGCAAAGUCGCAGAAGAAAUUGCUCGUACCCAAAAACACGAUGUCGUGGUCAAAAGCGGGCGGUUAUAUAAGCACGCAGUGGAACUGACUCGUUUAGGUCCUGUUCUCUUGAAUCGAGAAGGUUCUAUACCUCCUUCACCUACGACUGCUACUCCAGCAAAAAUAUUGCAAACAACACAGCAGGAUGUCCAGCGGGAAAUACAAGAGGAGACUCCAGUCGUUAAGGAGCAGAAACUGCCGAUUAGUGAGCCGCCAAAGGAUCUAGAUGAACGGGUGGAGGCGAAGACACUUCAAAAGGAUUCGAUCCAGCUCACCAAGGUAGAUGAAAAGAACGAGACCAAACCGAAAUUCUCGACACCUUCAAUUGAAGAAAAAGAGCCACCUAAAAAGGUGUGGGAGGAAAGACAUGUGCCAUCGUCUCCAUUAUCUCGUAUCUUGGGUUUUGGUGGUCUUGCAGCGAGGUUGGCUGUAGGUACAGCGGCAGAGAUCGUUCGAAGUGGCGGCAAAAACGGUACCUACAAUGCGCUGGUAUCUGAUGCCAAUGUUGAAAAGCUAGCAGAAACAUUAUGUACAAUGCGAGGCGCGGCACUGAAGCUUGGUCAAAUGCUAAGCAUUCAGGACGAAGCCAUGAUCCCGUCAAAGCUAGCAGUAGCUUUAGAUCGCGUGCGGGAAAAUGCACACGUGAUGCCAAAGGAUCAACUCCAUCGUCAACUUGAGAAUGAGCUUGGGCACGAGUGGCGCAGCAGAUUUCAGGAAUUUGACGAUGUUCCUAUUGCCGCUGCAUCCAUUGGACAGGUGCAUCGAGCUACGCUUUUAAAUGGCGACCGCGUGGCAAUUAAGAUUCAGUAUCCAGGUGUUGCUGAGUCCAUCAGCAGUGAUCUGCUAAAUUUGAAGAGAUUGGUGACGUAUACUAAUAUAUUGCCGCGCGGGUUAUAUAUUGAUGAAAUCAUUCGUGUGGGCAAGGAGGAACUCACGGCUGAAUGUGAUUACGUUAGUGAAGCGCAUAAUCAAGAGCGUUUUAAGAAGCUGAUUGAUGAAAGUGGCAUGAAUAGAAAAUAUGUGGUACCGCGAGUGUAUCGUGAACUAUCAACGUCGCGCAUCUUGACGACGCAAUUGAUCUCUGGAGUUGCAAUUGACAAGGCAGUUCAUCUUUCUCAAGAAGUUCGCGACAGCAUUGCUCGUCGCAUCCUUGAACUUACAAUUUUUGAGCUCUUCAAUUGGCAUUUUAUGCAGACAGAUCCAAACUGGAGCAACUUCAUGUACAAUGCAUCUACCGAUACAAUUGGAUUGGUAGAUUUUGGUGCUGCUCGUGAAUAUGCAAAGUCUUUCGUGGAUGACUAUUUUAAUAUCGUAUGGGCUGCCGCGAACGAAGAUGAGAAGACGCUCAUCGAUUACUCGAUCAAGAUGCGAUUCCUCACUGGUGACGAGUCCCCAGGUAUGUUGCGUGCUCAUAUUGCUGCAGGUAUGGUAGUUGGUGAGCCCUUUCGGUCCCAUGAGCCGUUCGAUUUCGAGAAAAGCAAGUUGACUACCAGACUAGGCCAGCACACUGAAGUUUUUAUGCACGGCCGUUUGACGCCACCUCCGCAAGAAGCAUAUUCUCUUCAUCGAAAACUGGCAGGCGCUUUUCUUAUGUGUAUCAAGCUGCGUGCCGUCGUCCCUUGCCGAGAUGUGCUUGAAGAUGUUCAACGUCGAUAUUACUCUUACUAA